AUGGUACUCUAGGCUUACCUGCGGGCCUCUUUAAGCCUUGUCCCGGCCAUGCUUUGGACACAUCCUGCUCAAACCACAAGACAGAUCGUUUUUCAACUCUGCGGAAGAUUUAACUUCUUUUGGCGAACUCAAAUGUGGGGUGUCAGCAUGACUCUUAUAACCUCUAAAGUGGUGGCCCUUCUGCUGCUGUCAGUGCAUCUCCUGCAUGCUUCUGCCCUGCCGGCAGCAUCCUCCUAUGAGUUCAAUGUCUACAGGAUGCAGCAAUACAACUUACAUCAGGAUAAACAUGGUUGCCGUGGAGCUAUUGUGGUGGCAGAGGCGCGAUCGGCUGCGGAGACGGCUCUGACUCGCCGCUGUGUGAUCAUGAAGCUGCCUGAUUUCACCACAGAGCGCUACCUAGAGGCCAAAAAGCAGAAUGCAGCAGCUGUUUUGAUACUGCUACCUCAAAAUAUCUCUUCUGUACCAGAGGAUAUAGUGCAGGGCUUCAUGGUGGCUGAAUCUCAAGUCCUGCAGAAUGAGACCAUCAUGCCUGUGUAUGUGGUCCCAGAGGAUGACCAGCUGCUCUGUAUGUAUGAAGAAGUCAGUCAGGCUGCAGCAACAAGGUCUGGUUCUGUACUAGUGAGAGUUCUCCGUAGUAUCAUCACCGCCACGGCUUUCCAAAUAUUAGUAAGCAACAACUCCCCCAUCAAGCCUAUCACUGAUACCACCAUCAUUACUUUAGAGGGAGUGCUUCCUGGAGCUGGAGAAGACCCACCCACCAUUGUAAUUACAGCCCAUUAUGACACGUUUGGUCUUGCUCCUUGGCUGGCGUAUGGUGCGGAUUCUAAUGGCAGUGGUGUCACCAUUCUUCUCGAGCUGGUUCGACUCUUUCAUCACCUCUACAGUGAUCCACGAACCCAGGCUCCAUACCACCUCUUAUUCUCCCUGACUGGUGGUGGUAAGUAUAAUUUCCUUGGCACCAAGCAUUGGCUGGAGGAAAAUAUUGACCAUGCCGAAUCCAGCCUUUUGCAAGACAAUGUGGCAUUCGUUAUAUGUCUGGACUCUCUUGGCAGCGGAGAUGAGCUUUUCCUACACGUUUCACGGCCACCUAAGCCUGGAACACCACAGUACAGCUUCAUUCAGCAGUUAGAGCAGAUAAUCUCUGCCAGGUUCCCCUGGGUGAGAUUUGGAACUGUCCAUAAGAAGAUCAACCUGCUGGAGACCAACGUGGCUUGGGAGCACGAGCGCUAUGGGAUGAAACAUAUCCCAGGAUUCACUCUGUCGCAUAUUGAGAACCCUAAAUCAGAGCUGAGAGGAUCUAUCCUGGACACUAUGGCACAGGUGGACAUCAGGAAACUCAAGCGGAACGCUGUUAUUGUUGCUGAGUCCUUGGCAAGAUUCAUGUACAAUCUUUCAGACAAGGGCUCCGCUAAGGAUGUGCAAGUUUUCAAGGGCAGUUUGGAUAUUCAAGACAGUCAUUUGUCUGCAUUGAUGACCAUGAUGACGUCUGUUCCCCGAGCCUUUCAGUUGCUGGAUAAAGAACCAGAACACCAGCUCCUGAUCAACAGCCUGCAGCAGGAGUUCAAACACUAUCUAAAGCAGGUCCAUAGACACACGUUCCACCAGGACAGAAGGGACCCUGAAAUCACGUUCUUUGAUCAAAUGAGACAACCAAUGAUGAUGUACAGGGUGAAGCCUGCUGCCUUUGACCUGUUUUUGGGUGGCUGUAUAGCUGGAUACCUUGGAAUAGUCUAUUAUGCAGUCCAGAACUUUGGGAACAUCUACACAAAACUGAAAGCAACCAUGAAAGCCAAGCACCAAUAAACUGGGUUGGACACAUCAAAGAACCAAUGCAGAGAGAAGUCUACAGCAUGGCCAAUGUAAUACCUGAGAGGACUGAAAACUUUUGGAAUUCACUUCUUGAAUUUAAAGUGUUUUAUAAUUCCCUU